CGAUUGGUCAAUUUUGUGUUUGCUUUUAUUCUUCAACUAAACGAGCACGAUAGAUUGACUUCAUUCUAAAGUGUUUUUCUGUCCGGCCGGGAUCAUCUCUGUCUAAUCAAAUAAAUAAGACCUUGUUGGACGUAUCCAAAGCGAUAUUUUUCCUCCCCAGUGCAUCGCUAACAGACAUAUUUUGCCAACAAAGUGAAGAGGAUUCAAUCGGCAAGCGAUCAGGGACAUAUUUUGAACGCUUUUGAAGCGGAGGUGAUGAGACGGUUAAUUUUGGUGAUUUCUGUUCUCAAAUGAAGCGUAGAGCAUUUCCAUAUCUUUUCGACGAUAGCCGGCUGUGUUAAGUUUCCGUCGUCAGAGAACGAGUUAUUAUCGGAAGUGUAAACUAUAGUUCUGGAAAGGUAUCGCAAUCGCUAUCCAUUACACGGCCCAUCCCAUUUUAUUUAUUAGUUAUUUUAAUUGCUCUUUGAAGUGAAGGAGAAGGUUAACAAACGCAGGGUUGUGUCUUGUCUUAUCAGCCACUUUAAUGUACGUGAUUGUGGUAACUCUACGUGUUUUUUUUUUCUGAUCGUAGAUGUUUUAAAUCUCAAUUUCAAUCGGUUUUGAAUACCACUGGGUUGAGAGAAACGAAAAAUACAGAACUCUUCAAAAUGACUGGGUUUGUUUUGCUAUUAGUAUUUUUAGUUGGUCUGAUCGAAAAAGUUGAAGGAUUUUGUUCUAGUGCUAAAUCUGACGGCAGCAAUCUAUGCUGCGAAGGAAAGGAUAUUGACUGUACUGCAGACGGCUACCGGCUAGGAUCGACAACUUACGGAACAUGUUAUUGUGAUUCGUAUUGUAUUAAAACAGACGAUUGCUGCAUCGACUACGAACAAACGUGUAAAACACCGCGUAACUGUGAAGUUACAGACUGGAGUCAUUGGAGUGGCUGUAAUGUUCACUGUGGUAUUGGCUAUGCAGCCAGGAUACGUUAUGUCGAAAAUGAGGCAGAGGAAGGGGGUGAACCCUGCCCAGAAAUGAUGGAAAAACGGGCAUGCUUGAGCACGUAUUGUAGUGACAAGCCUAAGAAAAGGAAAAAUAUCGAUGUAGCCCACAUAUUACCGUUUCAUUUUCGUAAGGGACGGGAGAACCCCGAGUGGAAUGCGAUCACAAAUUUGAUCGGCGUAGAUGAACCCAGGUACCAGACGUACUGUGUUACAUUCACGAUACAGAAAGUAAACAAGGGAUGUCGCAACCAAGUUAACCUCAAGUGGACUGAUGUCAUCACUAAAGGCACUGAGCUAUGUGUCCAGUGCGAACACCCCGCCAUGAAGGAUAAUGGUUUAUGCAGGGGAGACGGUGUGGAGGGAGCGCGAACAAGAUGGACGGCAAUCGAUUCCCCAGGAUGUAGAGGGCGAUGGAUACGCAAGACCCUGGAACAACCCUGUACAUGUAACACGGGAAACGACUUCAUAUUUAUUUAGAAAAACAAAGGUAUCAAGAAAUCUAGAGCAUGCUACAUUUGGCCUUGGUCGACUGAAAUUAACAAUGAAACAUAAUUGAACAGUGAAUGUAUUAUGGACCAACUAGCAAUAGUACCUACACAAACAUAAAAUACAGUUGAAUUUUGUUUACACUUCCAAGCCGACAACCGGUUAUUAACGAUGCUCAAAUAAAACUCAUGUACAUAUAACUUAUAAAUUGAAUGAUUUUGUGUAGUUCAAAUUUGAAUGACUAUAAUUUAUACUGAUAUAACACUUUGAUUUGUGGCAGUGUUUUUAGGUUUCUGUAUUAACUUUACUUUUAUAGGCAUUAACUGAUAAUAUUUACACUAAGAAAAGCAACUCCUAUUUCGAUUAACGCCCGUCAAAUUUCCCCACAAAAAUCGGGAAAAAUAUUUAUAAAAAGUUUGGAAAGCUGCAAAAAUAGAGGGCACUAUUUGGAGGUAGUAUAUUGAGAUUUGUUUUUGGCAAAAAGUUUUUUAGCAAAAAGAAUUCUACCAAAAGUACGAUCAAUAUCAUAAUUUAUAGUACAGUAUAUAUUUCUAGAUUGUAUGGUUUUACAAAAUAUACACUUACAGUUAUA